AUCAGGACCGUUGCAGCGCGACGUCAAACCGGCAUCCGAGCAGCGGGACCGAGUUCCCUGUCCGCUCCCAGGCCCCGGCCGCCCCUUGCCCGUCGUUUUACCCCAACUACACGGAGCUUCAGCUGGGCCCGGACUUUGAAGGGGGGAGACGAUGAGAUUGUCCGGAUCUGGCCUUAUAUACCAUGGCCGCUCGUGGCCAUCGGUGACCAAGACACGGGAGGCAUUCCAGAGUCCAGAGUCCCGCCUCGUCAAAGUCUUCUGCAUUGUACCAAAGGCAACCGAAAACAAAACGACACAAGAAACAUGGCUCCCUCAGCAGUAGACGUUGCGUCCUCGGGCGCCAGCACAUCCACCGCCCAGUACGACCCAGCCCGCCCUCUCGCCGGCAAGGUCGCCCUCAUCACGGGCGCAGGCCGUGGCAUCGGCAAGGGCAUCGCCAUCGAGCUGGGCCGCCGCGGCGCCAACGUUGUCGUCAACUACGGGAGCUCGGCCAAGUCGGCCGAGGAGGUCGUCGCCGAGCUUGCCAAGCUGGGGUCCAAGGGCGUCGCCCUGCAGGCCGACAUCAGCGACCCCAAGUCUGUGAGCGCCCUCUUCGAGAAGGCCAUCGAACACUUUGGCUACAUUGACUUUGUCAUCUCCAACUCGGGCAUGGAGGUCUGGUGCCCCGAGGUCGACGUGACCCCCGAGCUGUUCGACAAGGUCUUCGGGCUCAACUGCCGCGGCCAGUUCUUCGUCGCCCAGCACGCCCUCAAGCACUGCAGGCACGGCGGCCGCCUCAUCCUGACCUCCUCCAUCGCCGCCAGCAUCGGCGGCAUCCCCAACCACGCCCUCUACGCAGGCUCCAAGGCCGCCAUCGAGGGCUUCACCCGCGCCUUCGCCGUCGACUGCGGCGAGAAGGGUAUGACCGUCAACGCCAUCGCCCCUGGUGGUGUCAAGACCGACAUGUUUGACGAGAACGCCUGGCACUACGUCCCCAACGGCUACAAGGGGAUGCCCAUGGACAUCAUCGACCAGGGCCUCGCCAACAUGUGCCCCCUCAAGCGCGUCGGCACCCCCGCGGACAUCGGCAAGGCCGUCUUCACCCUCUGCAGCGACGAGGGUGAGUGGAUCAAUGGUCAAGUGAUCAAGCUGACCGGCGGAAACGCCGUGUAAGGCAGCACAGGACGCCAUGAUCUGCACUGCCAACAUUUGAACAGCGCUGCGCUUGUCUUGGAUUUGCUGUUUGCUGGCUGCAUCUUGGGAGUGAAUCGCGAAGCGGGGGCGGAUGGUAUACUAGGUACGCAUGGGGUCACUUGCUGCAAGACCCCUUCUCACAGAAACAGGUUGUUUGUUGAAGGUCAGAUGGGCCUC